CGGCGUUAGCUGUAAUUGUCGGCUUUGACGUUAUUUGGCAUCUUCCCGUUUGUUUACAGUACGUUUUGGAAACAAUUUUCCCCGCAGAAAAAUGGACGUGCAACCAAAUGGAGAACCCAAAAAAAUAUACCUUAAUAAACCGGUUGAAAAUAAACCCGAAGAAAAGCCGGCCUCCUCUAGAUCAAAGGAAAAUAAAGGCCAACCCGAUUGUGUCCUAAUACCACCGCCAAGACGUCGUCCGCCGCCACCCGAUAAUACGGAUGAAGAGGAGAACAUUACCAAUCAUAAGAAACAACGUUAUUGGAACUCGUUUGAGGAAAUGCAUAUCAUUGAACUGUGGCGUCGCUACAAAGAUGAGGUGACCGAAUUCAACAAAGCUCUUCCGGUGCAUCGUAAAAUUAUGGUUGGUAUGCGUCAAAAGGGUAUGAUAGUUACUGGGCAGGACUGUCGCAGGAAGCUUAAUACACUGAAUAAUAGAUACAAGGCUGAAUUGGAGAGCCAAAAAUUAACAGGAGCUAAGUCAGAAUGGCGCUUAUUUCCUCUGAUACACUGCAUCAAAUCGCCGAAAUUUAAACAAUUCGAUCCCUGGCAUGAGACUUUGGUUACUCGAAAACUACUGGAAAAAAUACCUAAAGUUCCCGAACAGAAACAACCUGCACCAGCAGUACUACGCCAGACUUCAAAUGCCACACACACGCCAACAAACCGACAAAAUCCAAUGACCCCCAACACAGCCCCCAGUCAGUUGGUAGCAUCUAUACCUCUUAAAUCUCUAGCAAGUGGUGUCGGUUCUUUAAUAGCCAUGGACACUUACAACCCCCCAGCGCCAUUACCACCUGCCCGAUCGGCAAACCACAAUCCGGCACAUAGAAAAAAUGUACUCAAAUAUUCGAUACCAGCCAUUCGCAGUAUUACCAAAAAGAAAUUGGAACAAUUGAAAUUGGAAAAUGUCCUGCUGGCCCAGCAACGUGAUGAUGCUUUGAAAAGUUUACGUAUGGCUGAGCGAAAGCAACGCAUGUUUGAAGCGAUUCUACACAGUUUAUUUGUACAAGCCGAAAAGGGUAUUCACGGGGAGAAUUUGGAAAAACUACUGACUAAAUGUUAAGGUCUUUGUUGCUCUCACAAGCAUCUCGGAUUAUAUUUUAGGUUUUUAUUUGUUUAACUUUUGGUAAAGCAGGUGGUAUGCUUUAUGCCAUGUUCCUUAUGUAUCUUUUUGAGAACUUUUUAUUUUUUAUUGGCCUAAUUACAUAUGUAUGUGCGUACAUAUAUAUUUUGGAAAUCUGACCAUAAUAUGUGGCAUCAAAUAAAAUAUUUUAAUGACUAA